AUGGAUACAACAAAUAUUAUAAAAACCAAAAAUAGACACUCAGGUGUACCUUAUAAAUCGUUUGAUGACUUCUUACAAGAAAAUCCGGCUAUAGAAAGGACCCAAUCUCCGCCGAAUAAAGCAGAAAAUUUGGCGGCUCCUGAGUCAUGGGCAGUAAAUUUAACUUUCGAUAGCCUUAAUGUUGAAGAUAAGGAUGAUUGGAAACGAUUAAAAUGGUUAGAACAAGCGGGAUAUACUAUAAAUGAUAAUUUGGAAAAUAUUGGCAGAGAGGAUAAUAGCUAUUUAGUUCGGUUUACCCUCCCUGAAGCUAUUGUACCAAGAUUUGAAGAAGAAAGAAACUUAUCUAAUUUCCAAAUAGUGGAUCUUCAAUCUUGCAAUUUACUGGCAAUACCCAUAUUUCUUUAUCGGCAAGCUUUAAAUAUUCGAUCAUUAAAUGUUUCUCAAAAUUUAAUGCUCAACCUUCCUUUUAAAUUCGAACUACUUGAAAGACUUGGAACCUGGAUCAUUGGAAAUGAUUGUAGAGCUAACAAAUCUUCAAGUUUAAAACAAUUUGUUAGAAACAUUACCAGAGAAAUUUGCAGCGUUUACCAAAUUAAGUAUCAUGAAAGUUGCCAACAAUUUGUUCAAAGAAUUUCCUCAAGCUAUUUGCGAUAUUGUGACGCUUUCGAUUUGAGUUAUAAUGAAAUAACUUCUAUACCAGAAGAAAUCGGAAAACAUAUCCACCUUAAAAAAUUGGAUAUAUGUCGAAACAAAAUAACGAAUCUCUGCGCAAUAUCUUUAAUUCCUAACCUCGAAAUUCUUCUGACCGAAUUUAACGACAUAUUAACAGUAGACAUAUCUUCAAGAUCAUUACAAAAACUUAUUCUAUCCAAAAAUCAACUUACUCAAUUCUCGUUAAAGGAAACAGGUCCUUCAUUAAAAGAACUUUCAUUGGCAAAUGCUAAACUUGUUGCGUUACCAAAUGAACUGUUUGAACACCUUGAAUCUGUUCAAAAGCUUGACAUUAGUAAUAAUCACGAAAUUAGUAGUUUAGACUCUUUAUAUGCAUUGGACAUUCAUUUCAACAAUCCUGGUUCCAUACCACAAGAAAUUUGGCUUUGCAAAAGUUUAGCUAUUUUAAAUGUCAGCUCAAAUUUAUUAGAGCAAUUCCCAGCGUCUCCAACCAAUUUGUUAACCAAGAAUUCACUUAUUAGUUCACUUCGCGCCUUAUAUUUAGGCGAUAACUCUAUUACUGCUGAAAUAUUUUCUUAUAUUUAUUUAUUUUCGAAACUCGAAAUUUUGAAUAUCUCAUUCAAUAUGUUAGAUCAAAUUCCUCCAGGAAUUUCUAAUCCUCAUUUAACGGAAUUGUAUCUUUCCGGGAAUCAAUUGUCUUCGCUUCCUGAAGACAUAGAUAAGUUAACUAAUUUGAGUGUUCUACAUGUAAAUGGCAACAGAUUGACAACAUUGCCUGCAGAAUUGAGUAAAAUAAGAAAAUUGAUGGUUCUUGAUAUAAAACACGUACAUCAAAACGAAAUCAACCCUCUCCGAGAUAGGAAUUUAGCAGACUUUAGAAUGCUUACUACAUUGAGAGUUCUUGGUCUUAUGGACAUUACUCUUUUAAAUUUUUCAGUUCCUGAAGAAACAGAUAAUCGUCGUGUACGAACAUCAGUCUCACUAGUAAAUUCUAUGCGAUAUGGUAUGGCAGAUACCCUAGGAAAGGCAGAUAAUCUUUCAACAUGGGAGGCUGUAACACCAAAGUUUCGUGGACAUGAAGACGAGAGCAUUUUUGGGCUUUUUGAUGCUCGUGCUGGCUCCAGUCAAGGUGGUCAAGUUACUAAGUAUUUACACGAUUGGUUUUUAUUCCAUUUCAAGACUGAGCUCGAAAAUUUAAAAGACCAUGAAUCAGUAGAGUCUGCUUUACGACGAUCUUUUUUGAGUUUAAAUAAAGAACUCGGUUUAAAGUCUGGUGCUUCCGGAUUAGUUGCUUAUAUUUCAGGGACAACUUUAUAUAUUGCAAAUGUUGGAGAUGCUGUGGCAGUUAUCAGUCGUAAAAAAGAGGCUGAAAUUGAGAGGAUAAGGCAAGCUGGAGGAUAUAUUUCACAUGAUUGCCUGGUCAAUGGGGAACUGGAUGUAUCUCGGUCAUUUGGCCACUUUCAUUUAAUAUCAAUUCUCAAUGCUAAUCCUAUAAUGGAGGUAGCUCAACUCUCGGAACAAGAUGAGUUUUUAAUUCUUGCUACUCGAGAAUUAUGGAAUUAUAUAAGCUAUCAACUUGCGGUGGAUAUAGCUAGAACAGAAAAUGAUCUUAUGUUAGCUGCUCAAAAGCUGAAAGAUUUCGCUAUUUUUUACGGUGCUGAUAAAAAUAUCAUGGUAAUGAUUGUAGGUGUCGGAGAUUUGUUUGACCGUCGUUACACAAUAGUGCCGGAAAAACCAAUUUUAGGUCAAGAAAGUAGUGUAGAAUCAAAUACUACCUCAAGUAAAAUUACACUAUCACAUUCAAUUAGUUUACAUGGGUAUGAGAAUGCAGUAUUAGAUAAUAUUCAAGAAAUUCUUGAUAAGUUCUGGUUAAAGAGAAAACGAAUGGGAUGGAUCAAAUGGCACAGUAGUGAUACAGGCUGUUCCCAGCCCAUAAACCGGGCGGGAGGGUCAGCUCGCACUUCU